AUGAAUUCAUCAUCGGUAUUAUUAAAUAAUCUUCGUCAAUUAAUGAAAUCUAAAAAAUAUUUUAAUGACAUAAUUCAUGCUUAUAUUGUUCCAACAACGGAUCCACAUAAAAAUGAAUAUGUUGCUGAUCGUUAUAAACGACGAGAAUUUAUUUCAAAUUUUACUGGAUCAAAUGGUACAGCCGUUAUAACAGAUGAUCAAGCUCUUUUAUGGACUGAUGGAAGAUAUUUUUGUCAAGCUGAACAUGAAUUGGAUUCAACAUGUUGGAAAUUAAUGCGUGAUGGAACAAAAGAUGUUCCUUCAAUUGCGAAUUGGAUUGCAAGAAAUUUAGAAAAAAACUCCUUUGUUGGAUGUGAUCCUCAACUUUUAUCAAUAAAUGAAUGGAAAGAAUGGAAAGAUACACUUGAACAAGCCGAUAAGCAACUUGUACCUAUUGAAAUUAAUCUUAUUGAUAUUUUAUGGAAUAAACAACGACCAGAAUUACCACAAGAAUCCAUAUGGAAACAUGAUAUUCAAUUUUCUGGUGCUUCAAUUAGUGAAAAACUAUUGAAAGUUCGUACAAAAAUGAAUGAAUAUCAAGUUAAUCAUUUAAUAUUACAUCGAACAGAUGAUAUUGCUUGGUUAUUCAAUUUACGCGGUGGUGAUAUUCCAUAUAAUCCUGUUUUUCUUUCAUUCUCUAUUAUUUCAAUUGAUCAUCUCAAAUUAUUUGUCGAUUUAAAUAAAUUAUCGGAAUCAAUAAAAAACGAUCUUGAAAAUGAAAAUAUUCAAAUUUAUUCCUAUGAUUUAUUUUAUGAACAAUUGAAAAAAGAUGUCCAAUUUCAAGAUCCAUCACAUAAAUUUUUUGUAUCACCAUCAUGCAAUUAUGCUGUGCAAACAAUUAUACCUAAAAAACAAUUAGUGAUACAAGAUGAUAUUGUUUAUGAAUUGAAAGCUAUUAAAAAUCCAUGUGAAAUUCAAGGAAUGAAACAAUCUCAUAUAAAAGAUGGAGUUGCUCUUUGUUCAUAUAUCCAUUGGCUUGAAGAAAAUAUUCAAAACAAUGAAACUAUAACUGAAUUAUCUGGUGCAGAAAAACUAAGAUUAUUUCGAUGUCAACAACAAAAUUAUCUUUAUGAUAGUUUUGAAACAAUAUCUGCAAGUGGAAAAAAUGCUUCAAUUAUUCAUUACAAACCCACAGAAGAAUCUGAUAAAACAAUAACUUCAAAUGAAUUAUAUUUAGUUGAUUCAGGUGGACAAUACAAAGAAGGAACAACAGAUGUAACACGAACUCUUCAUUUUGGUCAACCAACAGAUUUUGAAAAAGAAUGUUUCACUCGAGUAUUACAAGGUUUUAUAUCAUUAGCAUCAUGUUUAUUUCCACCAAAUACAACUGGUGCUCGACUUGAUUCAUUUGCACGUCGUGCACUUUGGGAUGUUGGUUUAGAUUAUCGACAUGGAACAGGACAUGGUGUUGGUUGUUGUUUGAAUGUUCACGAAGGUCCUCAAUCAAUUGGUACUCGAAUACGUUCGGAUAAUUAUUUAGUUUCAGGAAUGAUUCUUAGUGAUGAACCUGGAUUUUAUCUUGAUGAUAAAUUUGGUAUUCGAAUUGAAAAUUGUGUUGUUGUUAUUAAGAAAAAUUCGAAAUAUGCUUAUUAUGAUGAAAAUUGGUUAACGUUUGAACAAUUAACAAUGGUUCCUAUUCAAACAAAAUUAAUUGAUCGAUCGUUAUUAACUGAUCAUGAAAUUGAUUAUAUAAAUAAAUAUCAUGAAAAAGUUCGUCAACUUAUUGGUGAUGAAAUAAAAAAGCAAAAUCUUCAAGAAAGUUUAUUAGAAUGGCUUGAAAUUAAUACUCAACCUAUUUAA